AUGGGCGACAAGGAUUUUCCCUUCGGGUCUGCACCGCCGACUCAUCGACGACAGCAAGAGGCGCCGAGGCGUCGUCAGCAGGCGGUGACGCGCGCGCAGCACAACGACGACGACGACCACGACGACGACGCCUACGCCGCCUACGACGAUGAGGAUGACUACAUCGAGGCGCUCGUGUACCACAAUGAGGAGACGUUCCGCGGCGAGAUAUGGUCGCCAUGUUGCCCGCGGAUGCCGACGCCCUCAGCGCCGGAGCCGCCGAGAAGCUCCUCCACGGGUGAGACCUCUUGGAGCCAGAUCUCAUUUUUCUUCUGGGCUUUCAACGGGUUCUUCUCGCCUGUCAGUGAGAGCAAGUGCAAGAAGAAGGCACCGAGGAAGAUCCACAAGGCAGAGAGGGAGAAGCACAAGCGCGAUCUGCUCAAUGAUCUCUUCGGCGAGCUCGGAGACAUGCUAGAAGCGGACAGGCAGAACAGCGGGAAAGCAUGCAUAUUAACUGACACCACUCGGAUACUUCGGGAUCUGCUUUCUCAGUUAGAAUCUCUAAGAAAGGAGAAUACCACCCUGCAGAAUGAAUCUCAUUAUGUUACAAUGGAGAGGAAUGAGCUGCAAGAUGAGAACGGCGUGCUCCGCAACGAAAUCCUAGAGCUACAAAAUGCUCUGGCGACGCCGGUCGCUGGCAAUCCAGGCUGGGACCAUGGCACGGCUGGGUUGCCUCUCCCUGUUCCUCACUCCACAACCACAGAUUUCCCAUCGCAGCAGCCAAUGCAAUCGCCGAUCAUCGCAAGCGCAAUAUUCCCUGCACUGCAGCAGCCAGCACCACCACGGGAACUUAAGCUCUUCCCUGAUGCCGCUUCUGACAUCGAAGGCCCUGAACCAUCGGAAGACCAGGAGCCCCCCAAUCAAGUUGCGCGGCCGCAGGCAAGGUACCCGACAGAGUCAGCCGCUUGGCCUGUAAGCCUUGGCCUCCCGAGGAUGGAAGAUGAACAAUGUAGCAGUAGCACAACCGGCAGUAGUAAGGAAGGCAGCUCAGGUAGUGAUUGAGUUGGAACUGAUCUACUUAAAUCUCAUCUUACAAGAAGAUCGAGUAGAUAAGUUCCAACCAAUCAUGAAGUUUCUCUUUGAACGUAGUGAAUAUACACAGUUGAGCAUGUGCGUGUAAAUACCAGACUCCAUCUUGGAUCAGGGAAUGUUAGCUGAGAUGACACUCUUGUGAGAAUAGUAUCUUUUUCUC